UCAGCGGGGCAGUGGGACUCGUCUCAGAUCACUGCUAGUGCAGGCUGGACAGAAGACUCAUCUUCUCUACUUCUCCACUUCACAAGACUGCACCAGAGUGAGGAGCAAAGAAGAGGAAAACAGAUAAACACACUAACCAAAACAAAAAGAAAAAAGAAUGGUAUCUUUUUUUAAUUGGAUCUAAACUCCAUAUUUAAGGCUUCCCAUGUCUUAGGAUUCUGGGACAAGGUUUCUUUUCUUAUUUAUUGUUUUUUUUAUAUUAUUAUUCUUUUUUUUUAAUGAAUAAUCGUUUUAAAGUGACCGCACAUUAAGGGGAAUGGUCUUCAAGGUUUCGUCAAUCCAGAUAUUCAGGAUUUGUAUUUAUAUAUCUGAGGAGAGAAAAUUGUGAGUGUGGAUUUCAUUAUAUAUGCAGUAUAUGUGUAAAUAUAUGUAUACUUAGCAUAUUUUGUGUCUGUUUAAAAGAUACAGUGGGAAAAAAAAGGUUUUGCCUAAGCUCUGGAUCUUUAAUUUCACUGUACCAGCAAGAAUGGAUCUUGUGGCAAUUUACCUUUUACUGCUGGCUUUUAUAGACGGCCUCCAGGUGGUCCUAUGCUCUGGUCGAGACUGCCUGCGGGCAGGGGAGUGGUGCUCCAGCGACCCCGCCUGCAGCCCUCGGCUCCGGACCCUGCGGCAGUGUGUGGCCGGGAAUGGCAACAUGAAACUGGGUCCUGGGGCCCGCAACCAGUGUGAGAACGCAGUGACAGCCCUGCACUCCAGCCCCCUGCAUGGCUGCAAGUGUAAGAGAGGCAUGAAGAGAGAGAAGAACUGCCUCAGCAUCUACUGGAGCCUCCACCAGUCCUUCCUUCAUGGAAUGAACCUGGUGGAAAACUCUCCUUAUGAACUGGUUGAUAAGGGUUUUGACUAUGUAAGGCUGGCCUCCAUAGCUGCUGGCUCAGAGGUCGGCAUGACAACGAUGAACCGUUGCCUGGACGCGGCCAAGGCCUGCAACGUGGACGAGACAUGUCAGAAGCUGCGCACAGAGUACGUGUCAGCCUGCAUCAAGCCCACGGUCAAGCCUGGGCCCUGCAACCAGGCCAAGUGCAACAAGGCCUUGCGCAAGUUCUUCGACCGCGUGCCGCCCGAGUACACUCAUGAGCUGCUCUUCUGCCCCUGCACUGACACGGCCUGCGCAGAGCGCCGGAGACAGACCAUCGUCCCUGCCUGCUCCUACGAGAGCAAGGAGAAGCCCAACUGCCUGACAAUCCUACACUCCUGCAAGACCGACUAUGUGUGCAGGUCCAGGUGGGUUCAGUUCCAGUAUAACUGCCAGCCUUCAACCCCGACAGCCAGCGGAUGCAAGCUGGAGAACUAUGGAGCGUGCCUUCUGUCGUACACUGGCAUCAUAGGCAGCCUGAUAACUCCAAACUACAUUGACAAUUCCACCUCAAACGUGGCACCCUGGUGUUCCUGCAGUGCCAGCGGCAACCAGCAGGGGCAGUGUUCCAGCUUCCUCAGCUCUUUCACAGACAACGACUGCCUCAAAAAUGCGAUUCUAGCUUUCGGCAAUGGAACAGACCUGAACGCAACACCCAACCAAUCGGCCCACUCCAUCCCUACCAGCAACCCCCAGGAGGCUGCCUCAACCCUGCUGGUUCCCAAGGAAACCGAGGACCCCCUCUUCAGACAGAUGCUUCCCACCCAGAGCGCCCAGGAGGGGAAGCUAUGGAGCAAAUCGACGGACAUGUCCCCAGGCAUUUCCAAUGGGGUGCCAUCCAUUCUGAAACCGGUCCAAUGGAGCCCCGUGCUGCUCACACUUGCCUACUACUGCCACCACUAGGGGGCGACACACCUGCUGGACUAUGGGACCUUUGUAAUUCACCAACCAGAGUUCUUUCUUAUGUUAUCUUUCAAGUCCUAGAGAGGAAAGAGGACUAUUUAUACAAUUGACAUCCGGACCACAACAAUAGGCAAUGGAAAAAACCAACAGUCUCUUUUCAGAGCUCCCCGCUGCUGCGUUGUGGGUGCUGGCGAGAUGUAUUCUCUUCGUUAAUGGAACUGCUUUAACAUCUUUUUGCAUAGCCUUUCGGACAGACUUUUUACUGACACAUUCCUUUAAAAGAAACACCACCUUCCUUUUUCUUUUUUUAAUAUACACUUUGCAAGCAGAUCACAAUACCAAAUUGUUAUUCUUAUUUCAUUUCACCUUCACUGUAUUGGCUGGUGUUAUUUUACUGACACAACAAAGCAUUGUGUUAUUAGACUUCCUUUUAAUACAAAUACACAGUUGGUGCAUAAUACUAUUAUCUUGUUUGAACUGGUGCAGAGUUAGUUUUGUAGGAGAAGUGCAGAGCAGGAAGAAAAGACUUUAAACUGGACACUGCUGCACAGGAACUAGCAAAAGAAGAAGGGCUAUCUGUGUCCAUCUGCUUAACACUAACAUUGUAGACUAAUCGGUUCGGCCCAUAUCAUUGUCAAUCCAUCUCAUCUUGGUAAAUGGAACAGUAACCACAGACAAGCAAACAACUGUUUACAGGUGACAACACAACUGCCAGAUAUGUUUGACAUUUUAUGCUUGGACGCCUACAAUGUUAGUAUUGCAAAUAUCAGUCUGAGCUGCCUUUGACCCCAUCCUUGCCUCCAUUGUCAUACCCAGAGUCGGGAGGAGUGUAUGGUGCUGGUGGUAUGUUCAUAUCUCCCCGCAGCAGGAUAUGCGAUAGAUACAGACCUUGUUUUACAUGAGUAAUUUCUUUAAACCCUCUUUAAAUCUUGAGCAUGGCAAUGUGUGCAGAAACAAGUCAUGCACGGGUUUUGACCUGCACGUCAUGAAACCUCUCUCAAGGAUAGAAUAUUUUUAUUCACUACUGAACCAGAAUGGGACAUGCAAAAUGUCUGGUUCUAGUGUAUCCACAAACAUAGGCUAAUUUUCACCAUCCUAUACAGUAGCUUUUGUAGAGAUUCAGAUAUACAAGCACCACCUGAAUUAACAGUGGCGUUAAAAGCUAACUUGACAUGAAUUCCAAAUUGUAUUUUUUUUAUUGCAUAUUGACAUAGCUACUCUCUAACAGUAUAAUUUUAAAGUCACUAUUAUAGCUAUGCUUCUUAAAAGACCACAAGACUGCUUUUUCUGAAGCAAGGUAGAGAAUUAAAUUACCAUUGCAAUUUACGCUGUGCAAGACUGACAUAUUUCCCCAUCUCACUUUUUUUGCUGUAAUAGCUAGUAAGCGUAGCAGAUAACGAUCUCAGCAGAUGCAACAAUACAGAAUCACAUAGAACAAAGAUAAUAAGAUAAUUAAACAGUUAAAAAAAUCUAGAUCAUAUAAAAUAUAGUUAGUUUGGGAUCCGGGUACCUGGUAUUUCCAAAUAAAACCGUGCUUUCUGAUCAGAAAGAAAAAUGAAAAUAUGACCUUGCAAAUAUAGGUCUCUAUCUGCAGCAGAUCCUGAGAUGUGGAAUAUGCACAGCCCAACAGAACUAUAUUGACCUUGUCAUACACCCAAAUGCCCUUUAGGGACAGGGUAAGGUCACAGUUGGCACAGCAGCUACAGCCAUAAGAAUCAUGAAACAUUGACAUAUGCAGUACGUGUGAAGCUGAGAUAUUUGAUCAUCUCAGUCGACGUAGUCCUUUUGUACAAAGUUAAGCACGUGAAGGGUGUACUGGUAACCAUGUUUGAAUCAGUGUAUCGUUGACUCAAUGUGUGAAAAAAACCCCUUUGAAAUGACAGUUAGACUUCGAGACAGACACCUUCAGGGGAGAUCAAUCAGAGGGACACAAUUGCUUGUGGAUUUCUAAAUAUCCAGAUUCAUGUUAUUACUGACAAUAAAAAACAUCCAUUUAAGAGUUGGUGGAAUCAAUCUUCAUUCAAUGUUGACGGAAGGAUGCAACCGUGCUUUAUUUUCAGAAGAACCCUUUCCUUUUUUCUUUUUUUUAUAUAAAGUCUAUGUUUCAGGGUUACAAGGCUUGCACAGCUAAUCAGUUGAUGACAGUAUCUUUGAAGCACACUUCUAUAAAAAGCUGGCAGUGAUUCUUUGCCUUUUUCGUUGCAUAAAGGUAUGCUGGUUAGAAUUCUGAAUGAGCUACAGUUUUUUAUAGAAGACGUUCAAGAGGUCAAUGCAAUACAAUUGUAGGGAAACUAGUUACAUUUCUCCUACAACCACCUUAACAGAGAAGGCAAAUGAGGGUUUUAUUUUUCUUUUUUUUUUAUAAAAUCACAUUGUUUCCUGUUACUUGCUUGUGAUGUAUUUGAAAUGUAUGUUGAUUAUCUUGAAACAAAUCUAAAUAGUAAUGGAUAGUAAGGGUUCUUUAGUAAUAGCCGUGGGAGGUAAUGAAUUUACUUAAGAGUUUCCGAACCACGUCUCGCAAACCACGAUGCAACGUAGAUCUAGCUGGUUAAAGAUUUCCUUUAUCUCUGCGUGUGAAGCUGUUGUGGUGUUCAUUGGCUUUCUCCUAUAUUACAAAGUUUUAACAUCGCCAUUUUGAUAGGGUUGCCACCUGUCCCUGUUUUCCUGGAUCGUCCUGGUUUUGAAAUUGGCCUUCCCAGGACAC